GUAACUUCCACUUUCAAUUGAGUCAGUAUGAAACUGCUGCUCCCUAACCCAGGAUUGGAUCUCCGGAUCCCCAAUUGUGAGGACCUUGAAAGGAUGGAAAAGGAGGAGGUUGGUGACAGGCCCAAGUGGGACAACAAAGCCCAGUAUAUCUUAACCUGUGUGGGCUUCUGCAUUGGAAUUGGCAAUGUGUGGAGAUUCCCUUACUUGUGUCAAAGUCAUGGUGGAGGAGCCUUUCUGAUUCCCUACUUGAUCCUUCUGGUGCUGGAAGGAAUGCCUCUCCUGUUAUUGGAGUUUGCCAUCGGCCAGCGUCUCAGGAAAGGCAGCGUGGGAGUGUGGAGGGCCAUCAACCCAUACCUGGCUGGUGUUGGUAUUGCCUCCAUGCUAGUGUCUUUACUAAUCGGACUGUACUACAACACCUUGAUGGCUUGGAUCAUGUGGUAUCUCUUUAACUCCUUUCAAGACCCACUGCCUUGGACCCAAUGUCCCCUCAAUGAAAAUAAUACAGAAUUUAUACCCGAGUGUCAACGGAGCUCCACUGUGGAUUAUUACUUUUACAGAGUGACUCUAAAUAGUACGGCCUCCAUAGCCGACUCUGGAGGUCUCCACUGGCCCAUGGUGGUUUGUCUGCUUGCUGCCUGGUCAGUCAUCUGUAUCUGCUUCAUACGGGGGAUCAGUUCAUCUGGAAAGGCAGUGUACGUCACAGCCAUCCUGCCUUACAUAGUGCUGGCCAUCUUCCUGGUGCGAGGACUGACCCUCAAAGGUGCCCUGAAUGGAAUACAAUUCCUCUUCACUCCACAAGUGGAUGAGUUGAUUAACCCAAAAACUUGGCUGGAUGCAGGUGCCCAGGUCUUUUACGCAUUAAGCUUAGCAUGGGGGGGCCUCAUCUCCUUCUCAAGCUACAACCCUGUUCACAACAACUGCAUGCAAGAUGCUGUAAUUUUGUCUGCAGUAACUGGUUUUACUUCAAUAUAUGCUGCAACGGUAACCUACUCCAUCAUUGGCUUCAGGGCCACUGAGAAAUAUGACAACUGUAUAAAUGAAAACAUCAUGACUUUAUCAAAUGCAUUUGAUCUACCAGAGGAUAGCAUUGCUACAAGCAGCUACGAUGCAGCCUUUAACCAUCUGAACAGCUCUUAUCCUGAUGUUGUCCUUGGACUGAAUAUCAAAACAUGUGACAUGCAGAAACUCCUGAGUGAGGGAGUGGAGGGAACAGGUCUGGCCUUUAUUGUCUUCACAGAGGCCAUUACCAAGAUGCCCGCCUCCCCUGUCUGGUCUGUCCUCUUUUUCAUUAUGCUUUUCUGCCUGGGCCUCUCCACUCUGUUUGGCAACAUUGAGGGAGUGGUGGUCCCCUUGAAAGACUUACAUGUGUUACCUCAAAAAUGGCCCCAGGAAGCAGUGACUGGGGUCACAUGCCUUGUUUCCUUCAUCAUCUGCCUCCUGUUUGCACAGAAUUCAGGACUUUACUGGGUAACUCUGUUUGACAACUUUGCUGGAUCAGUUCCACUGCUGACUAUCGCAUUAUUUGAGUUGAUAGCUGUUGUUUACAUCUAUGGCAUAGACAGGUUCAAUGAAGACAUAAAGUUCAUGAUUGGACAUAAACCAUCCAUCUACUGGCAGAUUUCAUGGAGGUUCAUAAGUCCUAUAAUCAUCCUGGUUAUCUUAGUUUUCUACCUGGUGACUCAAGCUCAACAAGAACUUUCAUAUUCAGUGUGGGACCCCAACUCUGCGGACUUUCCAGCUCUGGCAUCAGUAGCGUACCCUUCAUGGAUCAAUGGCAUCAUCUUCUUGUUGGCGGGGGUUCCCAGUUUGGCAGUGCCUGUGUACGCAUUGUGCAGGCUAGUCUUUGUUAAAUGCAGGAAAAACACAAAAUCCUGUGAAAAAAUUGACCAAAUUUCUUAAGACACACGAAAAAACAGUGAAAUGCAACAUCAUUCAGUUUUUUUGUCCAAGUUUAAGAAAGAACAUUGAGAACAAUAUACAAACAAACAAAACACAAAAACAAAAUAAAUUUUUUUGUAUUCCUCUAUA